CCCUGAUCUCAGGCACCCACACCUCCGGCUCAGAGCCGCGGCAGGCCCCGGUCAUCUCCCAUCAUCCUCCUCACCCCAGGCCCGGGAGAGCGUCUCCCUCUCGCCCCUCGAAGCCUGGGAUGUGGUGGGAUGGCCAAAGGGGCCGGGCCAACAGCUUCCGCAGAGGAGAGCAGCCGAGACAAGGCCAAGGUGGACUGAGUAAGCCCAAGGCAUGGACUACCGACCUUCUCCUCACUUCCAGCCUCACCUGGCUAGCUUUUGUUAUGGGGGGUCUCAGUCAGGGGCCCUGGGGGGAAUCCCAGGGAAAGCCACGCAAGGCUUGGAGGAGACGCCUCCCCCCGCCCCACACCCCAUUGCAGUUUGCCAACAGGAGAGUCUGUCCUUUGCUGGGCUCCCAGGGCACUUGGAGCUGGGCCCCUGGCCUCUCGAGGGCCCAGCUGCCUCCCAUAGGCUGCUGUGGCCACUGCCAGUGGCAGUUCAGGACAGCAGGGUCCCUGCCAGGAAGCUGUCAGCCUUUGGAGAUGACACCCUCAGUGAGUUCCUAGGAGGACCUCGGAGCCCCCAGCAUCCAGAAGCCCGACGCCGCACCAGCCACAGUUCUGAGGAAAAAUCUGCCUGGCGGAAGAUGCGGGUGUAUGAGAGCCAAGAGGCCGCGGAGAGCCCCGGCUCCGAGGACGAUGCCGUGUUCCCCGAGGUCGGGACAGCCGCGCCCAAGCCGCAUCCCACUUUGGCAGUGCCCCGAUCCCUGGCGCUGGCAGUGCCCCACGCAGAGGGAGCCAAAGAGCCAGAGAGGAGACGCUUCUCGGCCUCAGAGCUGAUGAGCCGGCUGCAGUCUGCCCAAAGGAAAGCCACUCUGUCCCUGUGUCUGGGCAAGGCUCUGAGCAGGGACCGAGGGCUCUGGGCUGCUGGGGAAGGGAGAGCCACUGAGAAGGAGCCGAGCUGCUCAGAGACCAGGGUCAAUGGCCUCGUGCCCCCAACUGUAAGUGGUCCCAGUGAGAGGGAUGCUACCCGGCCUGAUAACAGAUCUGAUUCAUUAGAGGAACUGGCCCCCAAAGCGUGGGCACCUCCUGAGAGGCGUCAGUCACGUUUCCUCCUAAAUUCUGUGCUGUACCAGGAGUACAGUGAUGUGGCCAGUGACCGGGAGCUGCAGCGGCAGAAGCACGAGGAGGACACUUUAGGAGAGGAGGCCGAGGAGGAGGAGGAGGGGCCUGGCCCACCCAGGGCCAACCUGUCCCCAAGCAGCUCCUUCCGAGCCCAGCGCUCAGGCCGGGGCUCCACCUUCUCCCUGUGGCAGGACAUCCCAGAUGUGCGGAGCAGCGGCUUCCUGGCCGUCAUCGGCCUUCAGGGAUGCAAGCUGCAAGAGGCCAAGUUUGAGCUGAUCACCUCGGAGGCCUCCUAUAUCCACAGUCUCUCUGUGGCUGUGGGUCACUUCAUGGGCUCCCCGGAGCUGGCCCAGUCUGGGGCCCAAGAAAAGCAGUGGCUCUUCUCCAAGCUGCCCGAGGUCAAGGCCAUCAGUGAGAGGUUUCUGCAGGAGCUGGAGCAGCGGCUGGAGGAGGACCUCCUUCGCUUCUGUGUGUGUGACAUCGUCCUACGCCACUGCCCCGCCUUCCGGCGCGUCUACCUGCCUUAUGUCACCAACCAGGCCUACCAGGAGCGCACCUACCAGCGCCUGCUACUAGAGAACCCCAAGUUUCCUGGCAUUCUGGCCCGCUUGGAAGAGGCCCCCAUUUGCCAGCGCCUGCCUCUCACCUCCUUCCUCAUCCUGCCCUUCCAGAGAAUCACACGCCUGAAGAUGCUGGUGGAGAACAUCCUGAAGAGGAUGCAAGGCUCCCGGGGCGAGGACAUGGCCACCAAGGCCUUCAAUGAACUUAAGAAGCUGGUGCAGGAGUGCAAUGCCAGUGUGCAGUCAAUGAAGAGGACGGAGGAACUCAUCCACCUUAACAAGAAAAUCCACUUUGAGAGUAAGAUAUUCCCACUGAUCUCCCAGUCCCGUUGGCUGGUGAGGCACGGGGAGCUGGUGGAGCUGGCACCCUCCUCCAUGCCCGCUGCCCCCGCUGCCAAGCCCAAGGUGUCCACCAAGGCCGUCUACCUGCAUGUCUUCAACGACUGCCUCCUGCUGUCUCGGAGGAAGGAGACAGGGAAGUUUGCUGUCUUCCUUUCUGCCAGUUUGCCUGAGAUCCAGGUGAAGGACCUGAGUUCAAAGCUCCAAGGAAUCCCGGGCCACAUCUUUCUCCUGCAGUUCCUUCGCAGUCACCAGCCCCCAAAGCAGCUCCUCCUCAGGGCUCUGACAGAAAGCGAGAAGCAGCGGUGGAUCUCAGCCUUGUGCCCUUCCAGUUCGCGGGAAGACAAGGGGGCCAUCAGUGAGAACGAAGAGCUCCCCCAGGUGCAGUGCAUCAAGCCCUACAAGGCUCUGGAACCAGACGAGCUGACCCUUGAGAAGGCCGACAUUCUGGCCGUGAGGACCAGGACCAGUGAUGGGUGGCUGGAGGGAAUCCGCUUGGCAGAUGGCGAGUGGGGCUGGGUGCCCCAGACCUAUGUAGAUGAGAUCACCAGCCGCAGCGCCCGUCUUCGAAAUAUCCGGGAGACCAAGAGGAUUGAAAGUGCCACCAAUAAACUACAGGAAAGCACUGGACGAUGCACUAGGGAGUGACCUCUGACUCUAGUCCCCUCCCCCCACCCCCUGUCCAGGACAGGACAUCCAUCCCAGCAUGGAAGCGCCUGCCCAGUGGAGACAGGGGACAGAGCGGCUGGCUGGAGGGAACGUGCUCCAGCUCCUUUGGGCUUAGCUUCCUAAGGACGCCUGGGAUGGAGGGAGCAACAGUGACCGUGUCAGCCUCUCUGGGUCUGGGGAGGGGAGCACAGACUGGCUGGAGGCCCCCCUGAGUCUCUUGGCCCUUCUAUGGCUCCCUGGGGGCCAACCGCUCUAGUGACUGAUAUGGGGAAGCCUUUUCCUGGACAGCCCAGCAAGAGCUGGGAAUUCCAUCUCAUUAAAUUACCUGCCUUUGUUUU